GAUACGCUCGGUUAGCUGCUGUCUGCAGAUGUAGUUCUGUCACUUUCAGAAAUAAUAACAAAUGUGACAACCAAGGCGUGUUUAUUUGACUUGUUUAAAAUAGUUUUAUAUAUUUUAUUUUGUGGGUAAAUUUUAGUGUUGUUGAAAUGGCAAGUUUUCCACUGAUUGAAAUUGUGAAACGACAGGCGAUACUAACGUUUUCAAAACUGGCAGGUGUUUCCUCAAACUUUGAAGAAAAUUUUUCCAAACUCAAAAGUUUGACAAACAAAAUAACAAGUGCCGAUAUAAAUUUGGAUUCUUCUUUACUUCACCCGAUUCCAAAUGGAAUGGAAGAAGAACAUGCACCAGUAACUUAUAUUCAGGUCUUGGAUGAUCCAAAUUUGACCAUUGGCAUUUUUAUUUUGAAACGAGGUGCAAGAUUACCUCUACAUGAUCACCCAUUAAUGUAUGGAAUUUUAAAAGUUGUUCAUGGGACUGUUCACAUUCAGAGUUACUCAAUGGUUACAGGAACAAAGGGACUGAAGGAAGACACUAUUCCACAAGGACUUAAUUCUGUGCAUCCAGAUGAUAUAGUCUUAUCUCAAGAUACUAUGUCCAAACAAGUGACUUUGCUAGCAAGAAAAGAACAAGAUGUUUAUGUUAAUGAAACAAGUCCCUCUUGUGUAUUAUCUCCAAUAACAGGUAAUUUACAUGAAAUCCAUAGUGUAGAUGGACCAGCCGCUUUUGUUGACAUACUUGCUCCUCCUUAUGGGUCCGACAUCCCUGGAGUGGGCCCUAGACCUUGUCGCUAUUUCAAAGAAAAUGGUGACGUGGCUGUUGAACAAGACGGAGACAAGAGACCUGUAAAACAACUAGUUCGUAUCCCCUCUCCUCCUGAUUAUUGGAGUAAUUCUGCACCUUAUCAAGGACCUUAAUGAAGUAGAAUUAGAUUUUAAAUAUUUAGGCUUAAGUCAAUAAAAAAAAACUGUUAUUUAGUUUUAAUUUGGUUAAAAAUGUGAUUAUUCUGUGUUAGGCUAUCUAGCCUACAAUUCACAAUGAUAUUAUUGAUAGCAUAUCCAGAUAUAAUAAUCUGACUACUAAGUUAUUGUGCUUACUAUAUAAGUGAUUUUACUUGUUAUGUGACUAUAAUCAAUAGGCUUAGGCUAAAGCAUAAUCAGUAAGGUAUUUAAAUGUUAAACUGUACCCAAAAUGAAUACAUCAUGUAUGGCACCUUAAAAGUAUUAAAUUUCUGUUUACAAAAUAA